CAGGGUCAUGGAGUUCUUCCUCUCUUUUGGUAUCCUAUCCUUCUGCAGUUUGGCUUUGUACCUGUAUAAUGUUUUGUGGUUACAUCCUCAAAAAAUUUGCAAGAAGCUAAGACGACAAGGAAUUGAUGGGCCAAAACCCUCUUUCCUCCAUGGUAAUCUAAAGGAGAUGAAGAUGCUGGCUAUGGAGGAGAAGAGGAGAGAUGGAGAAGCAAUAAUACAUGAUUAUACUCCACUUCCAUACUUUGAGAAAUGGAGGAAAAGAUAUGGCUCAAUAUUUUUGUAUAUGAUGGGGAAUGUACCCUUUUUACAUGUAAGUAACCCAGAUUUUUUGAGGGAUAUGAGCCAUUGUGCAUCUUUGGAUUUGGGGAAGUCAACAUACUUGAAAGAGACUCACGAGCCUUUGUUUGGUAAUAGCAUUGUGAAGUCAAAUGGGAAGGCCUGGGCUCAUCAGAGGAAGAUCAUUGCCCCAGAGUUCUUUCUUGAAAAGGUUAAGGCUAUGGUGAACUUAAUGGUGGACUGCAUGGAACCAUUAACGAAAUCAUGGGAAAGUAAAAUCGAGCAGGGAAAUGGAAGUGCAGAAAUCAAGGUUGAUGAGGAUUUGCAGAAUUUUUCUGCUGAAGUAAUCUCGAGAGCUUGCUUCAGGGAUAGCUACUCUGAAGGAAGACAAAUAGUAUUGAAGCUUAGGGAAAUGCUGAGAGCUCUAUCCAGACCAAAUUUGCUCGUUGAAAUUGCAGGAUUGAGAUAUCUUCCCACAAGACUAAAUAGAGAGAUAUGGAGACUUAACAAAGAAGUCCGGUCCUUAAUCCUCAAGGUGACGAAGGAGAACAAAGAAAGAGAGGAACAUACAACAAAUAAAAAUCUUCUACAAGCCAUCCUUCAAAAUGCAGGUGACAGCAGCGACACAGAUGAUUUCAUCGUCGACAACUGCAAGACUAUAUACAUUGCAGGGCAUGAAACUACAGCCAUCACUGCAGUUUGGUGCUUGUUGUUGCUGAGUAUCGACCAAGAAUGGCAGAGUCGUGUUCGUGCUGACGUGGUGGAGAUCCUUGGAGGAUGUCCUCCGGAUGCAAAUUCGAUUCAAAAGAUGAAAAUGUUGACGAUGGUGAUCCAAGAGACACUUAGGCUCUACCCACCAACCGCAGUCAUAGCUCGAGAAACCCUCCAAGAUAUCAAACUCGGAGGAAUCCAAAUCCCAAAAGGCGUCCACAUUCAUACUCCAGUCACAUCACUGCAUCACGAUUCGAGCAUCUGGGGUCCUGAUGUACACGAGUUCAACCCUGAGAGGUUCUCUAGAGGAAUCAGCGCUGCUUGCAAGUUUCCACACACGUACGUGCCUUUUGGAUUUGGUUCUCGAACAUGUUUAGGCCAGAAUUUCGCUAUGGUUGAGUUGAAGAUUCUGUUAUCGCUUAUUUUGUCGAAGUUUAGUUUUUCGUUAUCACAGGAGUAUAGACAUUGUCCUUCUAUGAGGUUGCUUAUAGAGCCUAAAUUUGGUGUUUGUUUACUCAUGAAGAAAUGUAACUAGUUACUUUGAUGAAUAGUCCAGAGCCAAAUAAGAUGAAUAUACUAAUGCAUGAGUGUUUAUUUCUAUUGAAUUUCUAAGUACUUGCAACA